ACACUGGUGUCGUUUUGCUUGUGUAGUUGACGGACGGCUUAGCAACAUAAAGAAAAAAUCUCAUAACGUAUUUUGCUGUGAAAAGUUUAUCAUAAUGGCUAAAAGAAAAAAUAAGCCCUUAAUCGAUUCAGAUUCAAGCAGCGACUGUUCAGAUCUAGAUUCGCAAUUUUUAAACUUGGCGAAGAAGAAAAAGAAACCGGAAGAGAUAGCGGCACAGAAGGUGAACAGCAAAACAUCGGGCAGCGAGUCAGACUGGGACGACACCGAGAAGAAAAAUGACAAAUCAUCAUCAUCGGACUCUGAAUCAAACAGUGAUUCCCACAGUGAUACAUCCAAAAAGAAAUCACCAGAGAAUCCCAGAAGAAAGAGCUCAUCAGAUCAUUACGAGGAACAUAAGAAUCCUGAGCCGGAGGUCAAAAGGUCGGAGGUCAAACAUAAUGAGCUACGUAGAAGUACAGACAGCUCAGGGUCAAAGAAGAAAGACACAUACAGUGAACCCGAGGAAGGUGAAGUGUCAUCACACUCAUCGGACAACGACUCCAUAGACUCCGAAGAAGAAUUUGAUGAUGGAUAUGACGAGAACCUGAUGGGAGACGACGCAGACCGCGCCCGGCUAGCAGCCAUGUCCGAGAAGGAGAGGGAGCAGGAGAUAUUCAAACGGAUAGAGAGGAGAGAUCUCAUGAAGACGAGGUGGGAGAUAGAACGCAAGCUGCGACUAGCGAGGCGGUCAGCGGCCGAGAGAGACGUGUCUCCUACUGAGCUGCAGAGGAGGAGGGAGGCGAGGAGGCGGCGGAGGGAGAGGCGGGGUAGGAGGGGGGAGAGAGAAGCUGUUGUAGAAGAAAAGAGGAAAGAGGAACGCGAAGAGGAGAAAGAGAGAGAGAAGCCUCCGCCCAGCCCCGGGGAGGUGACAGACGAUCAAAAAGAUACAGAGAGGGAUCAGGACCGGUCCGCCUCCCCGCUGUUCGGUGCCAAGACUGAGAGGAAGAGGAACGUGGACGACAGGAGAGUGAACGCUAUGGCGGCGCUCAGGGCCCAGAGAGACGCGCGACAGAGGAACGUGGAGACCAAACAGAAAAAGAGGGCGCUGGAGAGGAAGGAGGAGGACGACGAAGCGGAUCCGGAAAUAAUAGGAGGCACCAGCAAACAGAGCGUCAAGCUGAAGGCGUCCGACAUAUACUCUGACGACUCGGGCUCGGACUCCGAGGACAAGUCACAGGGAAAAAGAAGCUCCUCGAGUUCCUCCACAUCAGACGCCGAGGAAGAAGAGAAGAAGAGAGAGAGAGAGGAGGUUGAAGUGAAGUACGCGGACACCAGGGAACAGAUAAAUAAGCUGAGGCUUAGUAGGUUCAAGCUAGAGCGUCUCGUACAUUUACCUUUCUUCUCGCGCGUCGUGUCCGGGUGUUUCGUUCGUAUCGGCAUCGGCAAUAACAACGGAAACCCGGUGUACAGGGUCGCCGAAAUUAUAGAUGUAUACGAGACGGCAAAGGUGUAUAACUUAGGAAACACGAGGACUAACAAGGGCUUCAAGCUGAGACACGGCACGCAGGACAGGGUGUUUAGACUGGAGUUCGUGAGCAAUCAGGAGUUCACAGAAAAUGAAUUCCAGAAGUGGCAUCGAGCCAUCAAGGAGGCCAACAAGAAGCCUCCCACCAUGGACUUCGUUAGGAACAAGAUACUGGAGGUUAAGGACGCGCUCAUGUACGAGUUUAAGGAAGAGGAUAUAGAGAAGAUUGUAGCGGAGAAGGAGAGGUUCAGGUCGCACCCGACCAACUACGCCAUGAAGAAAACCCAGCUCAUGAAGGAGAGAGAUGUAGCACAGCUGAGAGGUGACGAGGAAUUGGUUCUAGAAUUAAACUCCAAGCUUCAGGAGCUGGAAGAGAGAGCCAGCGCCCUGGACAAGACGAGGACCAGCUCCAUACAGAGCAUCAGCUACAUCAACAACAGGAACCGGAAACUCAACGUGGAGACGGCCGAGAAGGCCAUCAUGGAGGAGGUGAAAGCUAUGAAGGGGAAGAAGAUGGACGAUCCCUUCACCAGGAGACACACCAAGCCCGUCAUGAACUUCAAGUCGCACGGCGGGAGCAGAUCGCAGGAACUACUGAAGAACGAGCAGCAAGCGGCGGAGCAGCAGAAACAGAAGGACGAAGAAGAGAGAAUAGAGAAGGAGAAAGAGGAAGAGAUACUGAACCGGCCGGUCGCGCCCCGCCCGCUCCCGCCGGACGGCAGUUUGUAUUCUUUACACGACUUCGACAUCAACAUAGAAAUAGAUCUCCCUGCGCCCAAGCCGGUGACGUCACACUCCAAACAGAUAACCAUAAAGGUGAAGGACGCCGGCCCAAAAAGGUCAUUGAACCUGGACGAUUACAAGAAGAGACACGGCCUCAUAUAGUGUUACAUAACAUAGAGAUGAUAAGGACAAAGACACUUCAACACACUUUAAAUUAUCAAUAAGACUAUUAAAACAUCUCAUCCCGGCGGCGUUGCUCGGCGAAAGAUUCAGUUUACGAGUUACGACAGACGGGACGGACACACGCGGACGGAAACACACACGGAGAGAUGACGAGAAGGAAAUCUGGUUAAAAGCAAUAUACCGACAUAGUAUUAAAACGACCUCAUGCUGUACAGGAUCCGAGGCGGUCCUCACACACGGCGCUCGGCGGCAGGCGGCCGGGGACCGACUGUCUCGGUGCACAUCUGAUCCGAUCCGCGUUGAGUCAGCUGUCCCGAACCUUGCCCUGUAGCGAGCUCUUUAUCUCUUCAUUAUAAAUCUUGUGUUAUUUAAUAUAUUCCGCUUCGUUACAGACAUCGGGAAUUUUACUUAAUGUUAUAGAAAAAUUACCGUUUCUACAAACAAACUACAUGACGGGUUAUAUAUAUAGAGAUUAAAUAAUAAAAACGUCUUCAAGGAAAUACUGAAUACUGUCAGUUAAAUACUGUUAUAGGGUUAAGAGGAUAGCGUAAAGAAACGUUACAUUAUGUUAUCGCAACCUUACCACGAGUCCGAGCCGUCACUCCACACGGACAGUUCCGAGUUUAUUAAUAGAACUCCACACGUGAUGGUAUCCGUUCAGGCUAGUGAAUGAUGAAAGGAGACUUGUGGUAAGGUUUCUGCUGCCGCUAGAGUUUAUUGACAGUCCAAUGUUCAUAGAGCGAGGGAACGACGACACCUUAGAGGGGGAGUAUCGACACUCCUGACAGAUAGUAAGGUCGAUUUUAAGCUGUCUGUCUGUAUCCUCACACUACACACUUAGCGUUUUCAGUUUUCCACUCAUAUGUACGUUAAGAUAUAUGAACGAAAAACUCUCAACGCUCCGUACGUAGUGCUCGAUGACACUCAUGGUAAGAACACUGUUCGUCAGCUCGAGACUUCUUCCUCAGUGUUCUCGUACUCACGGACACGCUAUACCUGCUGUAUACUAGAUGUAACGGACGAGAGCUGGUUAACUUAUUUGAUCAUUGAACAAUCCAUCUUACGUCUCUAGAGAUAAGGCUCAAAUUAUUGAAUAAAUUUAUAAAAUGUGA